GGAAAAGCAACGAGUUCCACUGGCUGCGGCUGGAGCAAUUGCUGUUGUCGCUUUGGCAUACUUCUGGGCAACGCAUUGUCGCCGGCUACCGCAAGACUGGGCAAAAUUAUGAACUUGUGCUCCUCGGCUGGUGCGACCGCAUCGACUACAUCGCUAUCGUCCACGGGGCACGGAGAGAAUAACGGGAGCAGUCCCUCUGAGGUUACGCAUUGUUUUGGCGGCGGCGGUGGUGGCAGCGGCGGCGGAGGAGGAGGUGGUAGUAGAGGCGGCGGCGGCGGUUGCGGAACUGACACCACAGCACCCACACUUAGGAAUCGAAGCACUGUGAACGGUGCCGGUAGCAAUACGACAAGCAGCAACGGACACAAUCUGACAUAUAACGAAAACAACGCAAACAUGCCGCCCGAGACACGUCCCAAAAUGGUGACGGUCAAGCAUCCGGAAUCAAACAAACCCAAGCCCACCACAAAGAAGAUUGUGAAAAAUAUUCAGGCGGAUCAGGAUGUGAUCAAGGCAUUGCAGCGGUGCCGUGACGAAGGCAUCAAGCUGCUAGACUUGAGCAAGUCGUCAAUCACUGUCUUACCGACGACGGUCAGGGAGUGCGUCCAUCUCACCGAACUCUAUCUGUAUAGCAACAAGAUUGUGCAGCUGCCGGCGGAAAUUGGAUGCUUGGUCAAUUUGCGCAAUCUGGCCUUGAACGAGAACUCGCUGACAUCGCUGCCGGAGUCGCUGAGGAACUGUACACAGCUCAAGGUGCUAGAUCUACGCCACAAUAAGCUGGCCGAAAUACCGCCAGUUAUUUAUCAGCUGCGCUCACUGACAACACUAUAUCUGCGCUUCAAUCGAAUCACUGCCGUGGCAGAUGAUCUGCGCCAGCUGGUCAACCUCACCAUGCUCAGCCUGCGUGAGAACAAAAUCAAGGAGCUGGGCAGCGCGAUCGGCUCGCUGGUGAAUCUGACAACGCUGGAUGUGUCGCACAAUCACUUGGAGCACCUACCGGAUGACAUUGGCAACUGUGUGAAUCUGAAUGCGCUCGACUUGCAGCACAACGAGCUGCUGGACAUACCGGACAGCAUUGGCAAUCUGAAGUCGCUGGUGCGGCUUGGCCUGCGCUACAAUCGACUGAGCUGCGUGCCCGUUUCGCUGAAGAACUGCAAGAGCAUGGAUGAGUUCAAUGUGGAGGGCAACGGCAUCACGCUGCUGCCAGACGGCAUGCUCGCUAGCUUAAGUGCGUUGACCACAAUCACAUUGUCGCGCAAUCAGUUCACCAGCUAUCCGACUGGUGGGCCGGCGCAGUUCACCAAUGUCUAUAGUAUUAAUCUGGAGCACAAUCGUAUCGACAAGAUUCCCUAUGGCAUAUUCUCGCGCGCCAAGGGCCUGACAAAGCUGAAUAUGAAGGAGAACAUGCUAACUGCGUUGCCGCUGGAUGUGGGCACCUGGGUGAACAUGGUCGAGCUGAACCUGGCUACCAAUGCGUUGCAGAAGCUGCCCGACGAUAUCAUGAAUCUGCAGAACUUGGAAAUACUCAUACUGUCCAACAACAUGCUCAAGAAGAUACCCAACACCAUUGGCAACUUGCGCAAGUUGCGCAUUCUGGAUCUGGAGGAGAAUCGCAUCGAGGUGCUCCCGCAUGAAGUUGGCCUGCUGCACGAGCUGCAGCGACUGAUAUUGCAGACUAAUCAGAUAACGAUGCUGCCGCGUAGCAUUGGCCAUUUGAGCAAUCUAACGCAUCUUUCUGUUAGCGAGAACAAUCUACAAUUUUUGCCCGAGGAGAUUGGCUCGUUGGAGAGCCUGGAGAACCUCUAUAUCAAUCAAAAUCCAGGCCUGGAGAAGUUACCGUUCGAGCUGGCGCUGUGCCAGAACCUAAAGUAUUUGAACAUUGACAAAUGCCCGCUGGGCACCAUUCCGCCCGAGAUCCAAGCUGGCGGCCCAUCGCUUGUGCUGCAAUGGCUCAAGAUGCACUCACCCUAUCGGCAGAUGUGAGAUGUGGAUGGCGUCUGGCGCACCGUUUACGUUGGCAGCGACUGCUACUAUCAGUACGAGCUGCAGGCGGCGCAACAGACGCAGGGUAAGCAGGCGGGACGCUCCACCAAUGAGCGAACCAAUGAGCGGCGCUAACGGUGCGAGCUUUGCUAAGUUUAGCAAUCCAUGUUAGCCCCACCCCCACCCCGGUCAUGCCUGUGGGCCACACCUCUCCCCAUAAACAUACACACCGCAAACAGAAUACACACAGAUUACCCCGACUGGAGUGCGUUGCCUGGCAAAUGAUAGCUUUAAACAAAUUGUUAUACCAACGUCCCGCGUAUUGUAAAACUGCCCCGAUUUGCUUUUACCUUAUGUUUAACUCUUAAGUUCACACGUUCGAAGCUGCUUAGCGACAUCUGACUUGGUCCUCAACGUUUAGGUUUUAGUUGUAUGCUUCCAAGCUAGUCAUAAAAAAAAAAAAAAAACAACUCACAAACAAACGAAACUAAAUCUAAUUUAAUUAUAUUAAAGCUUUAGAAAAGAACAAAUACUUUUUUCGUUUCGUUCGAUACUCGUUUAAAGACAUUAACAAAAACAAAACAAAACAAAACAAAAAGAAGAAAACUAACUGUCAUUAAGGAAAGCUAAAUCGAAUGUUCAAAAACACAAAAAAAUACGCAAGCGCCAUGGAAUUGUUUGGAAAAAAGAAUUAAAAAAUUAAAUGAAAAAAAAACUAAAUAUACAUACAUAUAUAAAAAUAAUUAUUAACGUACUUUGUACACAAGUAUAAAAACUAAAUGAAAAGUAUUAAUAAUUUGAUUACUAUUGAAAGUUUUUUUGAGCGCUUCAAGCAAGUUUAUAUUGAUAUGGUGCACCCUAUAUAUAUACAUAUAUAUAUAUAUAAGUACAUAUUUGUGGAUCGGCUUGUAGCGCGUCAUUUAAGUUUCUAUUAAAGCACAGGCAUUAUAAGUAUUUUAAACACUUGAAUGUUAAAUAAAAAAGAAAAGGAAAAAAAAAAUAUAUGUCAAUGUGUGUGCGUGUAUAAAAAAUAAUUGUUAAAUUUGAUUUCGACAAUUUUGGUUAAUAAUAAUCACAUACAAUUUUUGUAUGGCAAACAAAGAAAAACACACAUACUUGCAAGGGUAUAAUGCCACCUAAUUGAUAAGCGAACUAUAUAAGUCGAUAUACAUACUAUAUACAUAUAGAUAACAAUUGAACUGGAGACAUUCUGACAUUGUAGACAUAUAUACAUAUAUUUGACACGUUUUGGUAACCAAGAAUCAGACUAUACGAGUACAUCCGAACCAGUAGAGCAAUUCAACAAGGAAUCCCGUUUUCCUAGUACAUUUGAAGUACUCAGAACUAGAUCGAAGAUAUAUUUGUUCAAAUAGACAGCUCGAAGUCUUUGUUCCUGGGAUAUCGUCUAUUGAAUUUCCAACAGACGAUAUCUCGCUGAAAGAGUACAAAUUUGUAAGAAGCUGAAAAAUCGAUUUUUAAGGCAACGUUUUUUAUGCAAUAUAAGAUUUUUCGAUUUUUAAAAUAUUUUGAAAUCAGUUCUGGUUUCAAACUCGGAUAUGUCAAAGAUUAUGAACUGAUUCUUGGUCCCUAUAAUAAUUGUUAAAGUGUGUUUAAUGAAUUUUAUGUCUAAACAGCUCAAGAUUCAUAAUUGUUUAUUUUUCUUAGACGAAAACUACAAGUUUUUCUCUCAUUUUAAACAUAAUUAAAAGACAACAUACGGCAUGCUAUAAACUGAGCAGCUUUCUGUCGCAACGCAAAAGGGCUUUAAGAAUCAUUUUGAAUACCAAGUACAUCUGAAUCAACGAAACUAACUUUAAAUACUAUAAUACAUGCAUGAAUCAUGUUACGAGCUAUAGCUAUACUUUUACAUACAUAUUUUACAUAGGCAUACAUAUAUACGACUAUUUUUUAGAAACACUAGAAUGCUAUACAUACAUACAAACAAAUUCAUACACUCAUACAUACAUCAUACAUAUAUGUUUUAUCUCAAGAUAUAAGAUAUUAUACUCAUACAAUUGUAAUUGAAUUACAAAACGCUUAACAAAAAUAGUAAACAAAGUACGAAAAUCGUAAAAUGCAAACGGUACAAAACAAAAAUAAAUAAGAUAAAUGGAAACUUAACAAAAUAGUUUAAUAAAUGUUACAAAUUGUUCGCACACCUGAAGCACACACAUAAAACAUAUAAUAUUGAAUUUAGAAAUGAGCAAAAAUACAAACUAACGUAAAUUUGAAGAUGAAAAUUGAAAUGUUAGUACAAGUACAUCAUAUAUGUUAGACUAGAACGAUGGAUUCGGUAAAGUCAAAAUGUAAAGAUAUUCCUAAACAUACAAAACAUAUUUGAGAAAUAAACAUAAUGUUAAAAUUCAA